GAAUGCCCGCGCUGCAGCAGCAGCAGCGGCGAGCGAGCGAGCGAGCCGACCGACAACGCGCUGGUGUGCGGCGGCAGGCGGCCAGAAGUCCAUGGAAGAGCACAAGACAAUCACUACCUUCUGACGCCAUGGAUGUUCACGAUGCCUCAUCGUACCCAUCAAACGCAGCAGGAGAAGUGGUCACAUAGCCGGGAAAUCGGGGCUAGCCGCGACCGUCCGAUGGGCUGAACGAAGAGUGGGCGGCAUGGACCGCGACCCCUGGACAGCGGGCUCCUUGCAACGGACCCGCUCCCGCCUGCUUGCCCUCUGCCUGGCCGCCUUAGCCACCACCUGCUUCGUCGCCGCCCAUCUCCUAGGUCCGCCACCUUUCCUCCUUGCCCCACCACCAUUUUUCAACCCAUCCUCUCCCGUCCCUUCUUCAAACAGCGCCGUAGCCACAAACCAAUCCCCUGUCACCACCACCACCACCACCGCACCCCAACCCUCACUCCCAGCCCGUGCUGUACGUUUUCCUCGCACCCGCCGACGGCUCCCGCACUGCGUCAUCAUCGGCGCCCGCAAAUGCGGCACCCGGGCUCUCCUCGAAUUCCUCAACCUUCACCCGGGCAUCCAGAAAGCCCCCGACGAAGUUCACUUUUUCGACGACGACUCCAAGUACGCCCUGGGUCUCGAAUGGUACCGACGCCACAUGCCCUACUCUUUUCCCGACCAACUGACCGUCGAGAAAUCACCGGCCUACUUCGUCACCGAAGCUGCACCGGGCAGAGUUUGGGCCAUGAACGCCACGAUACGGCUGCUCCUCAUCGUCAGAGACCCCGUCAUACGUCUAGUGUCGGACUACGCGCAGCUCGCGGCGAACAGACAACAGAGGGACAAGCGAGUGGCGCCCUUCGAAGAAGUUGUCCUCAACGUGGACGGUACUGUGAACACAGAGUACCGCCCCGUCCGCACCAGCAUGUACGCCGUGUACUUCCGCCGCUGGCUGUCGCAUUUUCAACGGCAACAGAUUCACGUGAUCGACGGCGAUCGACUGGUGAAGCAGCCGUUCGAGGAAAUGAGGAAAGUGGAGACGUUCCUGGGGCUGACACAUCGUAUUCCGAAGGAUGCCUUCUACUUCAACCGCACAAAGGGCUUCUUCUGUGUGAGGAACGACACGGUGGACAAGUGCCUGAAUGAGAGCAAAGGGCGCAAGCACCCGGAUGUGCCCGGUCCGGUGGUGUCCAAGUUGAGGCAGUUUUACGCGCCUUUCAACAGGGAGUUCUAUCAGAUGGUCGGGAAAGAUUUUGAGUGGCCGGAGGAAUGAGACGGGGUCGGGAGAUUUUAUAGGGAAAAAUGGUUGGAUUGCUGCCCGCAAGAGGUCCUUGUUGGCACAGCGCAUCUGUUUUUAUUGAGAGUCCGUAUCCGUGUAUUCACACGAGAGACAUCCCCCACGGAAUAUUCUAGUGCAAGAAAGAGCAAAGAACUGCUCGCGUGGCAGAAGUUCCGCCGCGACUUGCGUUGGACAUCCGCAAGGGGGCCGGAAUAUCUGGAACGGUGUGCUGCGCACGUAGCAGACGAGAACGCUGCCGUUGCAGACGACAGCUCUGUCGUCUGCUGCGGAAUAUCUUGUGGCUGAGCCGCAGAAUGUCUCCGAUUGUUAGAACAGCACGCGCUCACGUGUCAGCAGAGUACCACGACGUUUUUCGGAUGUUCCGCCGGAGUAUUCUGGGGAAUGUCGCUCAUUUGAAUACACGGUAGGUGUCCAGAUAAAUUCUCUCGACCCAGAAUCACAGAAGACGGGGCUGAAUACAGCGUACUCCUGCUAUAAAUGCAGUAAGGAUAGCGAUCCGUUAAGUGGCUUGUAGGGCUAUACAGACUGUGGCCCCGCGAGUUUAGAAAAUCGUUCCAACUGAGUUGGGAGAUCCAUUUCGAAACAUCAUCUGUACGAAGAGUACGCUGCAACUUUCCCUGCAGCAAUGCCGGUGCCUAACCACGGGAGGUAAUCUUCGCGGAGAACGUAACAGUUUGACAAUCAGUCUUCUCUCAGCAUAUCACCCUCUCUGACAAUCAUUUUUUUUAAACUUCCGCGUCAUAUAUCAUACUUUGUUGAUGUGGUCUGUCCAUACCGUUGUCAUGACGACCUCUGUACAAAUAUUGAUAGGAUCUUAGUCGUGGCCGUGUUUCAUUUGUACAUAGAUUUUAAUUUAUUGUGACGUUACGUCAUAUAGGAGUGUACAUAGAAGGUAACGAUGCGCAAGUGUGCAUUUAUUUUGUGUGAUGUGAAGUGAGUCAUACUUUCUACUAUAGUUCUGCUACUUCUCAAUGACAAUCAUUUACAUUGAGCUUACAGCAGCUUCUCAGCAGCUACAACUUUUUCGGCGUCUCGACAAUCAUGCACGUGCCCGAUAAAGGAAAAGAAACCGGUUUAUACCGGUGACGUAGUUUCACAGCAGUACGACAAUCAUACAUGCUCUCACUGUACUGUUACGGAUGAGACUCACAUGAUAUGUGAUGACAGUCUUUUUGACGUACUUUCUUCAACUGAGUACCGAAGAUAACGUUCUGCAGAGUAAAGCCAUUUCUGCUCUGAAGAGACAAUCAUGUACAAUCACGAAUGACUACCAUAACUCCCAAUAUGCAUUUACGCAUUCGUUCCGAUUUUUGUGGACGGAGUUACUCACUUACGAAACACACUCGGGUGGGGGCUAUUCUUGGCCGAACACAAUGGACGGUAUGCCGCGAAGGGAGUGAAAUGCCCAUGUAAAUGCUGUAGCAGCUUUAGAAUUUCGAUAAAAGAAACAUUACGAAAUUACCUUACACAUUAGGCGCAGCUUCAACUCUACCAAAUGUUCCAGUUCAUGUUUAUUUUUAUUUUAUUUUUUUUUCCGUAGGGGGAACACAUUUCGGAAAUAUCAAUGACCUGCACAAAAUGGAUUUUAUUUAGCAGAGAAGCUUAUUCAAAAAUAAUCCGCAUUCAAAUUUACAGCCAAACACUUGGCACGUGACGAGAAACUUUCAGCACUGACUACACACUUUCAAAGGUCUUUGCGCAUCGAUUGACGAUUACCUGAAGACACUUCACACUGUGUAUGGCGUCAUGCCAUCCGCUAGACAUGCCACCAGUCGAUCAGGGUUCGAUCGCUUACUUGGAGAUUGCUCUAAAACCUACUCGUGUGCCUUUAACACGCAAGCUGCGCGACUCAAGAGUCGACGGCGCGUGCCCGUGAGAAUUAUGCAAAUAGCGAUGUACAAUCAAUGCGUACGUCCACGAAGCAUUCAAUCAAUAUCGGGUGUCAACGCCCGCUGUUGCCAACACCAGAUGAAUAGUUUAAAGACACAGUAUCACGCAAACGGAUCGAUUACAAUUCAAAGGAUACAAGAGCGGGAAAAACAGGGGGGGGGGGAUAUGUUUAUUAAGAAAAAGAAAGGAAAGGUCAGGAAAAACAGGGAAGGAGAUGGAGAGCUGCCACACCUGUCAGUUGACAAAGAUGCGCGAUUGAACAUUAAAGUAUAGUUUUGCGAUGUUCAAUCUACCGUCGCUUUGAACGUAUACAAUCGAGAGCAGGUUCAUCGUGCCAUGUGUCGUGUCUUUUUCAGUCGGUUGCCUCCACUACAGGGGUUAGCUGUGUGGCAACCAGUCUUGUAGAAACACCGUAGCUGGGAAAUACUAAUCGUGUCAAAAGAACAGUGAAACCGAACGUUACAUCACCGGGAGUGCCGUUAUAAAGGAACACCGCACACACCUUUCGUAAAAAGUAGAGAUAGAGAGUAAGAAAGAGAAAGAAAAUGGAGGUAUUCUUCAUGGAGCGGGCGUUUCAAUGUAUCCUACUCGUCCGGUUAGGCUUUCGCAUUUAACAACAUAAGAAACGGGAUCACCGAAAGGCAGAACAGCAACCUUUUUUCCAAAUGUAUCACGCUGUAAACAGUUUGAAACUAUACAUCCAAAAGGGGUGUGAGCGGUCGACACUGCUAGGUGUGCGGGUAUGGUUAUACCUUGGUUUGCGGUUAGGAACAUACAACAUAUAGAAAUCCGCAUGACUAAAAUGCGGAUAAAGCCGCGCGACUCUGCGGUUUCGCGCCGUUAUCCGCAUUUCAUCCCCAAAUAAGCGGUAGUGUUUUUCUCGACAUCCCCUAGAUGGAGCCACAAUUCAGAACACUAACUGUGAAUCCAAUACUAUGUGAAUAAAAAAAAAUCCCUAUGUGAAUUUUCCUACAGACACAAUGACGGCGGAUGUGCGGAUAUAUAUCAAUAUCCGUGCGGCACGGAUAAUGUCAAUGUUAUCCGCGCUCGCCUCAACAGGAACAACCUUAUUUUGACGGUGAUGAUUGGAGUGUUAGACGCGGUCACUUCAAGACAUGGCCUUCAUAUCGCAUAGCUUAGGUUGACAGUGUUGAGAAGUACACGCAAGAUCGUUUCGUUCAACUUAGUCCCAAAGUAUGCAUAAAUCAAUAUAAUAAUAAUGAUAACUUGGAGUAGAGAUGGUUCAUCAUUCAAACAAGAUUUCCAUAUUUUUCACCUCGCGUUUAAAUCUACUCCCAAUCAUUAUUCUUAACGCUUAAAUUUUGCUUUCACAUUUGAUUCCGUCCUACCACCCAUAAAUCGAAGAUCCAUCAGGAGAAGGGAAUCAAACACAAAAGCCAAAAUGUAAAUGCACAGCAUAACGCGUACUUUAACGAUACAACCUGCUCGCUUUCUCACCACAUCGACAACCAGAAGGCUGGAAUAUAUAGCGAACGAAAGAAGGAACGUAUACGUCCGACACGUAAAUCAAAAACGCGUUCAUCGACAUUAUCUCGAGACGUAUCGAUCGAAGAGGGAAGUACCUUGUCCUCGAUCACCUCCUUUCUCACAACGAGAGCCCUCGAAAAUACAGCCCGCAUGCAGCCAUAAUACACCGGUACGGGCUACCACGGUAAUAAUAAGGGAACUCACCGGUGACGUGUAAUCGAUAUUGGCAUGCAUAGCGUGCGUCUCUACGCUCCUGCAUGCUCAUAGUUGUGCAUCGGUGCUGCUUCAAACUUUCCUUUGGUUCGAUGGUACUGAAUGCCACUGAGCGCUGUUAUCUGGUCGAAUAUCAGCAUUUCCAAUGAAGCACAUGAGCUUUGAAAUUAUAUUUCUCCGAUUUUCCGGUUCGGACACAUUCGAUAUACUCUUGUUGGAGAAAGAUAUACAUUUAACAAAUGAAACAGAAAGAACAGAUGAUGGGGGGGGGGGGGGGUUAUAGGUUUAUUAUUUGCAAAAAAAACAAACAAAAAAAACAAGGGAGGGCCAAAAUAAUCCACAGACCGAUUAACAUGUGGCGCUCAUGAUCACAGUUGUCAUGAUGACGUCAUACUGUGACUCGUAAGACGGUAACCAAAUAUAGUAUAUGAAAUGAGAGUACAGCUAGGACUGAAACGAGCACGUUGCUAACAGAUUAUGAGCCGAUUAGUAGUACAAUGAAAAUAUUCCAACCCACCAGUAAUAAGCAUGUGGAGAACCAAGUUCAGUAAUGCUAUUAUGGUGCAAAAUAGCAAAGGCUCUUCACCCUCAUGCCUUUAUCGACAAAAGCGGCAACAGGUGUUGUCACGUCCGGGGGGGGGGGGGGGGGGGUCCAGCAUUCGCCAGCACCGUCGAUACACAAUCUAGGUCAAUUAAACACUAUGCGAAUACAGAAAUUGAGGAGGGGGUCAGAACAUCUUGACCCCCCCCCCCCCCAGGUGCGCCCCUGAUCACAACAUAGUGUCGAUGCUAUUAAUAGCACACAUACCUGACUACUGUCGAUAUAUGCCUGUAUCUUACUAACAAGUGGAAGUAAAUGCGUCCGCGCUAUACUAUGCGGCUGUACUUGCACCAAUGUGGAAGUCAAAUCGGAUGUAUACCGGCCUACUGUAACAUUUCAAAGGGACCAGGCUGCAAUGAGCCGAAUACCAACUAUACUGCCGCCAUUUCGGAUUGAUCUCGGUAGCAAACACUAUGUGUUCGGCACCUUUGUGUCACGGGUGAUGAAUUGACUCCCGUGUGAGUUUCUGAGCACAGGAGCCAGUUCAUUCUGGCAGCCAAAAACCACGUGCACACAGGACACAUAUACAUGCUCACAGAAAUUCUCUUACUCGAGAGGUGCAGGGAACGGCAGUUCUUACCUUCAGCAGAUAGAGAUGGAGUCCACGAUAAGUGCCGUCUAUGUAGGGAACCUGCACAUAUAGAGGUAGAUCCAUUAACGCGCAUUCCAACUAUGGCUCACAUACUGGAGGACAAGUCCUCCCAAAUGGGGACUACUGUGCAAACCUCCACACGCGUGUACUGGCGUCAAAGUGAACGUGCAGUCACAUGCAUGGACUGGCUCCCAUUGUGUGUGUACUGUCAUCAACUAGGGAACCAACCUAUAGAGGUAGGCCCCUUCUAUUGAAGACUGUACGCGAUGUCUGACCAUUGUACAAGAAUUAUCUUACUUAUUUUGGUCCAUAAAGGGAUUUUUGGGAGCAAUUGGCUCAGGUCAUGGCUCUCUUAUCAUUUAGCUUUGACUGUGUGCUUCGGUAGCAUGAGGGCCAACGCUGCACAGGAGUUGCCCUGUGCACCCGUUCCCCCCUCGGCCUCUUAGACAACGCGUGGUAUCCUGGCAAAGAAACACGAUCAACUGCGCUACCUGCCUUCCGGAUAGUAAUGACACUAUGAAGGAAAUACAAUGUCAAGUGACAAGCCCGCUGUUAUGAUGUACCCUUACCGGUUCGUGAUAACUCAUGGCAAAUCCCAAGUGCGACCUGAUACGACGUACUGCAAGCCCCCAAUAUGCCCUGUGCUCUGUUCGCUGUAUCUUGUCAAAUGGUCGGCGGUUAACGCUUUUUAAUUGGUGCACUAAUGUCAUCAUAUGUUACCUGCAAUGACACUUCAGUGGAAAGGUUCACACCGCUUUGUUCCCCAAAAAUGGCCGUGAAAUGUAACAUCUAUGUCUCCCUUUUUCAUGUUUAUAUGUGCUGCCCCGCGGCAACAAAUUAUUGAGCAUGCGCUGCUGCGUGUCGGAAGAGCGCAUAUUAUGUGCCCACGAACGAUUUUGUUCAAAGUUCUACGUUUGUGCACAACUGCAGUGACGUCAUGAAACGGAAAAUGUCAAUGCAAUGCGAACGCAUUGCCGUGAAUGCUAAAUGCUGUAGAGUAGAGCAGCAUGAACGAACAUGAGUCAUCGCUGGCAAGCACCGAACAAGUUUGUGAAGACUGCCAUUGCAUAUUGACAAUCACUGACCCACGAUGUCAAAAAAAGACACUGUACAAUAAAAGUGACCACAGUCGAAUGUCUCAGAACCGUAUAUGGUGUUCCAACUUUACCAACCCCUCUUCACCCCCUCCCCCCACCCCCAAGGUAAAUGGAAGGCACAAUAUCGGGAUUCGUGAAACUAUUUAAUAGGGAAUAUUUUGGCACAGAUAUUAGGUAAGGCGCGCUGUCACACGUUCUCCAGUGUGCAUCGAGGGAGCUUCUUGUAUAGGAUAGGAGAAACAUUUAUUUCAUAAAAACGUCGGCCUCGGGGCAAGUUCAAAGCAAACCGGUGGUAAACCGCCCUUGUUAUCCGUAUCGGUUAGCAGGAAGCUUCGAGGGGAGAGGCUGAGGAUGGAACAUCACAGGCUGAACGGGACCGCUGCUUAUGAGAGUAAGCGAUCAUUGAUCUCUGGAGACUUAUGUGUACGUGUACUUUGUUCACUCGAGAAAUUUGUUGUUUUAACACUUGUUACCCUUUCUCGACAGUGAUAAUGACACUUCGAAAUGCGACAAUCAGAAUAAAUGCUGUCAGAAA